UACACCGAGACUUCUCCCGCCGUACAUACAUUGCAAAAGCAACAAGUGGUUGCCGGGCGAUGCCGCCAAGCUGAGCUUCCGAUCGACCGCCAUCAGCCCGCCAAUCGUUCCGCUGCCCGCCGCUCGAUACCAUCAUCUACAACCGCAUACAUACACAAAGCUGCCUCUUGAUGGCAGGGCCGUGAGCUCGCGCAACCACAGUAGCAAUGUUGAACCUAUCGAGCUUUGUGCAAAAGGCACAACAGCUGCUUGAUCCGACCCAGGGCCUGAACCUGACCGAUUCCGACAAGAACCCGUCCAAGGCCUCCCUCUUCCAGAGCCAAUUUCGGCUGCCCGACUCCCAACACCCGCUCUACGAGAUCACAGCCGAGCUCACCAUCCCUCCUUCGAACGUGACACAGGGCGGCAAGGACCAAGAUAGGGGCUUCCACUACGCCGGGAAAUUGCACCUUUCAGAGGCCUACCUCUGCUUCUCCACCACGCCUUCGAGCUUCCUGCAGUCGGCUAGCACCUCGACCUCUUCGGCAUUUACCGGUCAGACUCAUGGCGGCGGACCCAGCGGUAACGGCUUCACCUUCCCUCUAAGCUCUAUCCGCAGGGUAGAGCGCCUUCACAGCCAGAAUUUCCAGUUUGCUCUUGCGAUAACAACAUGGAACGGAAUCAGCCAGGAUGCUCUCAAGGACAACAAGGACAAGAAAGAAGUGAGGGAACAACGGAUCACUAUUCAGCUUGCCGGCACACGGGUCGCUUGCGAGCGCUUCUGCGAUGGUCUCAAGAAGGGGCUCCGUGCGGCCGUGGGCAAUGUCGGCAAACUCAAAAAGGUCAUCGGCGAAUGCUACUCGGAAUACCUGCUACGACCCGAGGAGCAGAAAAGCGCCAACCCGCCCGACGCGGGGCUCGGCAUGAUCUUCCGAUACCCUGGUGAUCCCAAAAAGCUGCGAGACCGAGCAAAGAUGCGCCUGUGGGCCGAAUACCUUCGCGACAACGGUCGGAACGUGACGUUGAUCCGUCAACCUACCUUCCAUAAGCUCAUCAGAGUCGGUCUGCCAAACCGGCUAAGGGGCGAAAUUUGGGAGCUCACAUCAGGCUCCGUCUAUUUGCGAUUAGAGAAUCCGACCUUGUAUGCCGAUACGCUCGCCAAGCAUUCAGGGAAAGAAUCGCUCGCGAUUGACGAAAUUGAGAAGGACCUAAAUCGAAGUCUUCCGGAGUAUCCGGGGUUUCAGAGCGAGGAAGGUAUCGGCCGGUUGCGCCGGGUGUUGACCGCCUACAGCUGGGUCAACGCUGACGUUGGCUAUUGCCAGGCCAUGAACAUCGUGGUAGCCGCGCUGCUGAUCUACAUGUCGGAAGCGCAGGCCUUCUUCCUCUUGUCGACUCUCUGUGACCGGCUGGUUCCUGGCUACUACUCCACCACCAUGUAUGGUACCCUCCUGGAUCAGAAGGUGUUCGAAUCCCUUGUGGAGAGGACCAUGCCCAUCCUGUGGGAACACUUGGUGAAGUGCGAUGUGCAGCUUUCAGUGGUCUCUCUUCCGUGGUUCCUAUCACUGUACAUCAACUCCAUGCCCUUGGUCUUUGCCUUCAGAGUCUUGGAUGUUUUCUUCGUGGAGGGCCCCAAGGUACUGUUCCAGGUUGGCCUGGCUAUUUUAAGGAUAAACGGCGAGGAGCUACUGGAUGCCUCUGACGACGGUGCCUUCAUCUCGGUACUAAAGAAUUAUUUCGCUCGGCUGGAUGAGUCGGCACACCCCAAGUCGGAAAAUCCGAAGCUGAGAGCUGUUACCAGGUUUCAGGAGUUAAUGGUGGUGGCAUUCAAGGAAUUCUCUGGCAUCACACACAGCACAAUCACAGAGCUGCGCCUCAAGAACAAGGACGCAGUGUUGAACAACAUUGAGAGCUUUGCCAAACGGACGGCCAUUCGGAACCUGGGCCCAGAAAGCAAGCUUCUUAGCACCGAUGAGCUCGGUGCGGUAUACGAUAGGUUUUACGGUGUGUUGUACGAGAGGCAGCAACGGGAUCUCAUCAUCAAGCAGGAAGGGGCAAGGAGAGCCAAGAGCAACAGGAUAUCGAGAAUCGGCCAAAUGGUGGACGAGGGGAAUGUUGAAAAGGGGCGAGUUGGGCUGGGUCCGAGCACAAGCCUGAUGGAUUACGAUGCCUUCAGAGAGUUCCUCGCGGGUAUCGCCAAGUGGGCUGUUUCGGACUCCCCCACUCAGUCUCGCCGUGACACCGGUUCCAGUAACGGGGGAGGGUUCUACAACAGUUUCCGGAAGAACGAAUCAUCCAUGUCUCCUUGGGGUAAUGGUCCUGAACCAGCAGAUCACGAGUUCCUCCAAAGGCUGUUCAGGAAAUGGGACUUUGAUUCCAGCUCCGCGCUCACCCUCCAGAACGUUGUUACUGGCUUGGCCCGCAUCAAAGGAAAGCGUGAUAUCAUGGGAACGAUUAACUACUUCUUUGAACUGCAUGACGAUGAUGGAGAUGGCAAGGUUGAUCGUGAAGGCAUAUUGCGCAUGUCCGAGGCUUUGCUCUUUCUAUCACGUCGGGGAUUGGAGGGUACACUGGAUCGUGCAACAGCACCUAACGGGAUGAUGACUGAGGGCAUGGUGACCCCUGGAAAUGAAGUGCCCGACCAAUCUGUUAACGAGAGAUUUCUCGGGAGCGUCAGUGCAUUUAUCAGGAGAUGCUUUGAGUACGCAGACCCAGACCAUCCCAACAACCAAAACAGCCAGCAACCGGCACAACAACAGACGACGUCUCAUCAGGAAGAAAACCUAAUCUCCAUUGAUGACGACGAUGCCGCCCAGGGCUUGGCAGACCCUGAUGCCUUUGCCAUUGGUGACGACGACGACGACUUUGACGAAGAGAACGAUGACGAUCUCCUAGCCAUGGACUCCCCAACCGCCAGCCCGCGCCCGGCCAAGCGCUCCGAGGACACCGCCACUUCGAGCCUGCAACCGCCCUCCUCGCUGCAUCUCGACCCAUCCACCGCGCCCUCGUCCAUCUCCAACAACGACGAAGACCGCCGCCGCCGCGUCUCGCGCCAGCAGUCGGAAAAGGCCAACAUCGCCCUCGACCCCAACAACCCUUUGCACAUCACCCUGCCCACCUUCCGCAUGGUGGUCCUGGCCGACGAGCUCCUCGAGCAAUUCUUCGAGUCCUCCUUUCCGUGCUCGUUCCAUCUCGUAGAGGGCAUCAACAUGUCCAGCGGCAACUCUUCCAACGCUGCCUCGUCGUCCUACGGCGUGGGCGGUCUAGGAAGCACCUUCUCCCACAUGGGCUUCUUCGGCGGCGGCGCCGGCGGAGCAAACAGCCAGCAAGGAGGAGCAGGUGCCGGACGCGGUCUAAGAGGCGUACUGGACAAUAUCGUCACGGAUGGAAUGCGUGUCGCAGCAGAGGUGAGGAGACGCAUGGAGGAGGCGCAGAGAGAGCUCGAGAAGAAUGCGCUGCCAGGGCAGCACAAGCCGGGCGGCGCGAAUCGUGGUGGCGGCGAUGAUGAAGAUGAUGACGAGGAUGAUGGUGGGCCUGUUGAAGGGUUGUCGCUUGGCGGUAAUGGGAAUGAUUCUGGCGGCGCGGGAGGGUCGGCGGCGGGGAUCAGAAGUGGAGGAGUGAGGAGUUCGGAUAGAGAUUUAUUGACGGGGGCGGAUGCAGAGGCUAGUGAUCCUACUGCUGAGGCUCAGCUGCAACAAGGGAGUGGUGGUAGUUUGGGAGGAGGAGGUGAAGCGAAUGUCGGUGGUACGGCCAAGGUUGUGGGCGUCGAGUUUGACGGUUAGGAACCGUUGGACAAGAACAUGAUUUGACAUUAUGGUGGCCCCUUUUGUUGGGGUUUCUGUGCGUGGUUCAGGCAUCUUAAGAGGUAUACUUUACUGUGGAUUGUGCAUGGGGUAUUAUUGCCAGGUCAUAUGAAGGGCUUAACCGUCUUCUGUUUUUUUGUUUGUUUUUCUUUUUUUUUCUUUUUGCCUUUAGUCUACUAGGUCCGCAAACUUGCUAUAGGGAGUUUGGUUCAUCAUGUCUUUUUGGUUAUUGUAACUGGCAAGGAGGUCAUCAUUCUGAAGGUUUUUUCCAUUAUAGGCAUUUGCUUAGUUUUACAAUAGGUGACAAUCAUAUCAGUCCCAGUAAUGAUGUCUGUGGUUGAGUAUCA